AUGGCGCGCCAGCUGCGCCGUGAAGACUACACGGUGGGAUGGGUAUGCGCGCUGCCUGUCGAGCUGGCGGCGGCGCAGGAGAUGCUCGACGAAGAGCACCCCGACCUCGAGCGCGACGCGGCCGACAACGACGAAAACCUGUACGCGCUGGGCUCCAUCGGCGGCCACAACGUCGCCGUAGUGUGUCUGCCCGCCGGCCGGAUCGGCAACAACCCAGCGGCCGCGGUGGCGACGCAGAUGCGAGCGACGUUCAAGAAGAUCCGGUUCGGGCCGAUGGUGGGCAGUAGCGGCGGCGUGCCGAGCCCUGAGGCAGACGUCCGGCUGGGGGACGUGGUGGUCAGCCAGCCGCAGGGAAAGCACGGUGGAGUAGUGAAGUACGACUUGGGAAAGGCCACGGCGAGCGGGUUCGAGCGGACAGGAGCGCUCAACUCGCCACCACAAGUACUGCUGGCAGCAGUCGCAAAAGCGCGGGCGAACGAGCUGGCCCUUGACAGCUAA